AUGAAGAUGUCAUACAAAUUAAAGUUAAAUCAAUUGGGAAUUGGAGAAUGCACUCGUACCCACACGCACGAAGGCGUACUUCGCACCCACACCUACGAAGCCGUACUUCGCACCCACACCUACGAAGCCGUACUUCGCACCCACACCUACGAAGCCGUACUUCGCACCCACACCUACGAAGCCGUACUUCGCACCCACACCUACGAAGCCGUACUUCGUACCCACACCUACGAAGCCGUACUUCGCACCCACACCUACGAAGCCGUACUUCGCACCCACACCUACGAAGCCGUACUUCGUACCCACACCUACGAAGCCGUACUUCGCACCCACACCUACGAAGCCGUACUUCGUACCCACACCUACGAAGCCGUACUUCGCACUUACACCUACGAAGCCGUACUUCGCACCCACACCUACGAAGCCGUACUUCGCACCCACACCUACGAAGCCGUACUUCGCACCCACACCUACGAAGCCGUACUUCGCACCCACACCUACGAAGCCGUACUUCGUACCCACACCUACGAAGCCACACGAGGGGACAACGCCAGACUGACCUGGACGGUGGUAGUACUGGCCGGUGUCGCCCUGGCAGCGCCCUCAGACCCUCAACACUGGCCUCAGGGAGGGAACGUCUUUCAAGACAUCCAACAGGAGAAUCAGAUCGCUCUUACCCACAGUGAGAGGGACGAAAAAGUGUUGCUGGUGCUACUGAAGAUACAGCCGGACAUGUGUACGACGCUGGACGCCGCCCUGACCAUGGGCACCUGCAUGCCGGCCAAAGACUGCACCAAGAGCGGCGGCAGAUCCUCGGGCACCUGCGCCAAAGGCUACGGAGUGUGUUGCAUAGGUCUCCAGACGUGUGACGGCUCCACCAACUACAACAACACCUACUUCGUCAACCCCGGCUACAGCGGCACGGACUCCGGCACGGGCGCCUGCUCCCUCACCAUCAACCGCGUCAACUCCAACAUCUGUCAGAUGCGUUUCGACUUCCUGGACUUCGAGCUGGCUCAGCCGGACGUUCACGGAAACUGUUACGAAGACUUUUUCACUGUCACGGCGACCACCUCCGUCCCGAGACUCUGCGGCUCCAACGACGGACAGCACAUGUAUAUCAAUGUGGACCCAGCCGGCGGGGCAGUGAAGAUUACGGUGGACCGCUCAGGCACCAACGUGGCCCGGUCCUGGAACAUCAAGGUGGUCCAGAUCCCCUGUGACUCCCGGUACAAAGCCCCUAGCGGAUGUCUGCAGUACUACACAGCGACUUCGGGCACUGUCUACAGCUUUAACUUCGCCGGCUCUGUUAAUUCUGCGUCAAUGGAAGGUAGUCAGAUCGCCGACCUGGACUACGGUGUGUGCGUGGAGAUGGCGGACGGCUACUGUGGCAUCAUCUGGGAACGUAACACCACCAGUGGCAACACCAGCUUCACCGUCAGUGGCAACACUGACGGUAUUGAUGCUAGUCUGAUUGGUACACCGGCAGGUGCGUCCUUUGGCGAUGCAUGUACCACAGACUACGUCAUAAUCCCCGGAGGUGUGGCCUACGGUUUGGUCGAUGAUUUGGUCGACCCUGGCGUCCCCAACGAUCGCUACUGUGGCCUUGGCUUCCCCACCUCCGUCCAAUCCACGCUCAAGCCUUUUAACCUCUACGUUCACCAAAACGAGGAUGAGGAAGGUGAUGGGAACAACUACGGCUUCUGUCUCAACUACCGUCAGAUCACCAGAUGUUAAGAUGUCUCAGUUCCUGGUGGACGGCCUCGUACGUGAUGGCCUCUCAGUCACUUCCAGCCACACCAGGUGAUCCAAGUCCACCUGCCAGCCACACCAGGUGAUCCAAGUCCACCUGCCAGCCACAUAGCUGACCCAAGUCCACCUGCCAGCCACACAGCUGACCCAAGUCCACCUGCUAGCCACACAGCUGACCCAAGUCCACCUGCCAGCCACACAGCUGACCCAAGUCCACCUGCCAGCCACACAGCUGACCCA